AUGCUGCGCGUUGUCUCCCGCAUCGCGAAACCAUCCAAGCGAGCUGCCCAACUCGCACGCAAAUCGUUCGUCGGCCUAUCCUACGACAUCCCCAAGACGCAGACGGCCGUCAUGUACGAGGCCGACAACGCCCCACUUCAAGUCCGUCACGACUGGCCGGUGGUGCAGCCCGAAGAGCUCAAACCCGGCGAGGUGCUGGUCCGCAUGGCCUACACGGGCGUCUGUCAUUCGGACCUGUCAGUCUGGGAAGGCCUUGGUCCUCCGCUCCCCAAGCAGUUCCCCAUGGUCGGCGGGCACGAAGGCGCCGGAUACGUAGCGGCGAUCGGCGCCAAUACCAAGACCAAGCUCAAGAUCGGCGACGCAGUGGGCGUCAAGUGGCUCGCGCACACGUGUCUGGGCUGUGAAGACUGCCGCAAAGGAUACGAGACCACCUGCGGAGAAGCGGGCGUCCACGGUUUGACCUGCCACGGCUCGUUCCAGCAGUGGUGCGUGUCGUUCGCCGACCACGUGACGCCGAUCCCCACAAGUCUCGACUUGGCGUCGGCAGCUCCUAUUCUGUGUGCCGGCAUGACGGUGUACAAGGCGCUCAAGCAGAUCGGCGGAUCCCCUGGUGAGUACGUGGUGAUCCCCGGUGCUGGUGGCGGUCUGGGCCACUUGGCUUGUCAGUACGCGCGGGCCAUGGGCUACAAGGUGGACUUCAUCGACUUCAAGGACGGCAACGUAGUGGACCAAGUUCGAGCUGCGACUGGCGGCCGCGGAGCUCACGCCACCAUUGUCGUUGCUGGAACCAAGGAUGCGUACAAGGACCCGUUGAUGUUCCUGCGUCCGCGCGGCACUCUCGUCGCAGUGGGUGUCCCCAAGGACACGGCGGUCGUGGCGCCAGUGGAGCCUCUGAUUCCGUUGGAGUUCCGUAUCGUUGGCUCGUACGUUGGCAGUCGUCAGGACGCCAUCGAGGCCAUCGACAUGGCAGCCGACGGCCAGGUCAAGAGCUCGUACACCGUUGAGCCCCUGACCAAUCUGCCGGAUGUGUUCGACCGCAUGCAUGCUGGUAAGCUGAGCGGACGUGUGGUGCUCGACUGCGAGUAA